UUUAUCGCGUAAGAAUCUGAGAUUUCCUCCUUCAUCGCCUAAUAAUUUGAGACGUUUCUUCCUCCGUCAUCGCCUAAGAAUAUGAGUCUCAAUCUACUAUCACAAUCAAAGGGAUAAGUUUCUCCUUCACUUCCUUUUCACCCUAAUAGUAAGCAUAAAUUCCGAUGAAGGAUUUAAGCAAUCAAAGGGAAAAACAAGAUAUUCGAAGCAGAGAUUGGGUAGGAUUGAAGCAAUUAAAGGGAUUCAAUGGGUUUGAUCGUUGAUCGAGGCUAUGGUUUUUCUAAUUUUAUUUAUCAAAGGCAAUAUAAUUCUUCUCCAUCUGUAAUUGUAAUUGGUGGAGGUAUUUCAGGCUUAGCGGUUGCACGUGUCCUCCAAGAUGCAUCUUUCAAGGUGAUAUUGUUGGAAUCAAGAGAUAGAAUUGGUGGACAUAUUCAAACAGACUACUCGUUUGGUUGCCCUGUUGACAUGGAAGUAUUAUGGAGAUUGUACUUUCUGGUGGUCAUGGACUAAUGGUUCAAGGUUAUUACCCUGUAACACAGGCUUUGGCUAAAAUUACCCUAAUUCAAAGGUCAACAUUUCCUUUAUUGUUUUUUAGUUCAAACGCGUACAUUUUAAGAGGAUAUUUUCGUAAUUUAAACGUGAAGUGUAUAUGUGUUUUAUUUGGCUUCAGCGUGAUUUUCUCGUUGAUCCCAUUUCCCACCUAUGUUUGGGGUUUUGUGGCUGUGGUGGAGACCAGUAGAUUGAAUACAUUCUGACGUGCAUGUGAAAUACUUUUCCUUUUUUUUU